AAGCGCUAUUUUACCAUGGUCAGGGCGCUAUAUAAGUCUGGUAUAAUAAAUAAUAAUAAAAAAUUGUAUAGAAUUAUAUUGUUAUCUUUAGAUAAAAUUGUGUCGCAGUAUAUCAAUAAUCAUUUUGGGUAUUACAGUUCUACCAACGUUACGAGCACUUCAGCUACAAUCUUCGCUACUGCAGGUACCGCAGUUGCAAUAUUGUUUUCCUGUAUAGUGAUAACAUUAUGUGUCGUCUUCUGGUGGCGAAGAAAAGAACAGAGAGCGAAAUUAUCAAGCUUAGAACAAAUGAAUAAAGAUGACUCUCCAUUUUCAGCAGAGGAGCCAUUGAGUCUUACAGAUGUUAAGCCAGACAAAUCUAAGCUCCGCAUUAUCAAAGAGUCAGAACUGAGACGCGGAGGUGAAAUUGGACGUGGAGCGUUUGGCGUGGUAUAUAAGGGUUUUUGGGUCCCCGAAGGCGAGGACGUGAAGAUACCAGUUGCUAUUAAGGUAAUACGGAAAGGAAACUCAUCAGGUUUGCACCAGGAACUGUUGGACGAGGCUCGCAUUAUGGUAUCAGUAGUACACAUAUGCUGUAUUAGACUUUUGGCUGUAUGUAUGUCGUCAGAGGUCAGUAUCUUAGGAAAAUGAUAUUUUGAAGCCCUUAACUUGUGUAUCCGUGUUAGGAUUCUAAACGUACGUAUUGCUUCGAAUAAUGUCAACUAUGUUAGGACUGCGGUUGUCCAUUCUUGCCCAUAAGGUUGUAGGAUAUCAUUGUUAAAACAACAUACCCUCAUGUAUUUGUACUUUAGUUGCUUUUUGGUGUAAUGACAAAUAAAGCGUCAGAUUCGUUGAUGCUUUUUUUCUGAAUUUUACCAAAAGGACGGAGGGAGUGAAAUUUUAACAUGCAAUUUGCUUAGUCUUGCCCCUAAAUAUAGACUUUUGGCACUCUUGACUUUGAACAAGUUGUUGAGCACAUAGGUGUACUUUUAAUUAAGGUUGACUCUAUUAUUAUGUUUACUUAAAUACUUUUGUAUUUUGUCCUUGAUGUUAAAGCCUUUUUCUGAAGGGAGUUAUUUCAUCUACACUGCCUUGUCUAAUUUGUUGAAAAUAGGUUACUUUGCUCUAUGCUUCCGGUAAAUCUACACUUACCUAUUAUGUAUUAUCUCUAAACAAGAUUGCGACUGUGUUAGGAUUCUUAGUAUUUAUUUCAAAAGAAUAUAUUCUUUGUCUAUAUGGCCGAUAUCUAGUGUCUGUGACGUAAGUGCAUCUGUUUGAAUAAAUAUUUAUGCUUAAAGCUAGGCUCGUAUUGGGCUCAGUUGUAUUUGCUAAACGAAUAGGAAGCUAUAAUCCAGAUCAAGUUAGACCAGUUCUUGUGAAGCUGAAUAAUUUCAAUGAUAAACUUAAAUUAUACGAUGGUCGAGAAGCAUUACGGGCAAAUGGUGUUAAGCUAGCGAACGAUCUAACCUUCCGUCAGCGCAAAACCCUGAAAGACCUAAAAAGUAAAGGCCAAAGAGGUUACUUCAAGGGUGGUCGUUUACAUAUAUUACCUGAUGAUGCAGACACUGAUGAAAAUCACCAAGAUGAUUCCGUUAAAAAGCGCUAUAUAAGAAGAGCAGUAAGAUUUUAUGAUAAACAUAAUCCAGUAGCAUCUGAUACGAACCAGUCUUCUAUGUUAAGUACCAUUCGCCGAGGAAAUGGAACAAACUAAUAUAUAGGGGUCAGGACAAGGCAUUACAUGAAUAUCUCCUCCUCUAAACUUUCAGUUUUUGCUUUUAGAAUAGAAUAUCGAAGGUAUCAAACAUAAAUCGCCGGAUGAAGACUUUAUUAAAUAUAUCUCUAACUUUGAUUUGAUAGGAUUGUUGGAACCAUGGGAAAUAGAUAUGUCACAAAUUGAGAUUAUUUUUCAAGAAUUUACAUCUUUAAUUGCCCAGCAAAGAAGUCAAAAAGGGGUGGUCAUAACCUUGGUGGUAUUAUUGUAUUAGCAAAAGACAGAAUAGCUCGCGAUGUAGAACGUAUAAAUGAAGAUUUCCCAUACGGAAUUUUUCUCAAAAUUAACAGAAACCUUCUACAAUUGGACAAAGAUUUAUUGUAUGUUUGUGUUUACUUUCCACAAGAAGGGUCUCCAUUUUAUACGGAUGAAAUUGAAUCCGGUUUCCAAUGUUUGGAGUCUGAACUUCUUAAGCUUGACAAUAUAAAUAAUAUGAACCUACUGUUGUGUGGCGAUUUUAAUGCCAGGACGGCAGAUGCUGAUGACUUUGUUGUUUGUGAAGAUAAUGUACCUAUGUUAAGUGAAUAUAUUCACAUAUUUGAUGUAUCUGUCAAAAUUAAGCGUAACUAUAAAGAUAAAGUAAUUAACAAUUUCGGUCGAACAUUAAUAAAUUUUUGUAAAACUUAUGGCCUAUCAAUUGUAAAUGGUAGGGCAUGUAAAGAUGUAAAUAUAGGUGAAUACACUUUUGUUGAUAUUGUGGGAUGUAGUGUUAUUGACUAUUAUUUGUUAUCGGAUUCCGUGUUUUCUAUCAUUGGAGAUUUUUUCAUUGAUAAUAUAGCAGAUUGUAAGCAUUUACCAGUAGUGUGUUCUUUAAAAGUGCCCAUUAUGCCUGUGGAAGUCUUAAGAGAGAAAACAGACUUCCAGGAAGAAAAUGUACUUUAUAAAUUUUCUGGGUACGAGGAUGAAUUGAAAUUUAGAGAGAAUAUACGGAAUAGCAUUUUCAAUGGUGACUUUGAUGAAUUGGAAAACCCUCGGCAGAUGUAAAUGUUACAAUUAACAUAUUUGAAAAUUUAAUAUUAGAAUGUUCUAAAGAAGUAAAAAAGUUCAUUGUGGAGCGAAAGCACAAAGUUAAUCAUCGUAAAUUGUUUGAUAGCAGUUGUAAACAGAUGAAGCUAAACAGAAAUAGAACAUAAUAAAAGUUUAGACAAACAAGAAAACUUAGUGACCUUGACUCUUAUCUUGCUGUUAAAAAGGAGUUUAACCAUAUGUGCAGAAUGAAAGAACGAGAAUAUAACAGACGAGCGUUAAAUUCAAUAUCUGAAAGUGUACAUGAUCAAAAACAAUUUUGGAAAAAAGUAAAUAGUUCAAAACAAAAACAUAAAGAUAUAAACACUAUAACUACAUCAGACUGGUAUGAACAUUUUAAAAACAGGUUGAAAUCGAAGACGUGCAUUAUCCUCAAGAAAAUGACCUUGAAGAAAGAGAAACUCAAAAUAUAGAAAUGAUGACUGAACUAGGAAGUAUUUUACUAAAUGACCCUAUAACCGAAAAUGAAAUAUUGAAUACAGUUAAAGAUAAUAAAAAAAGGAAAAGCGUGUUCAGGGAAUCUAAUACCAGAGCAUAUUAUUUACACUGUUGAUAUUUUGUUGCCGUAUUUACGUAAAUUUUACAAUAGAAUUUUUGUCGAUGGAGUUUUUCCUGACAAGUGGUCUCUUGCAGUUCUUAUUCCUAUACAUAAGAAAGGUUCUCUGAAUAUUCAGGAUAGCUAUAGAGGAAUAGCAUUAUUAGAUAUUUUAAGCAAAAUUUAUGUUAGUAUUUUGAACAAACGUUUAACUUUUUAUGCAAAUGUGUUUAGUAAAAUCACGGAAGCCCAAGGUGGAUUCAGGUCAGGUUAUUCUACGAUUGAUAAUGGUUUUAUUCUAUACACUAUUGUUAAAAAAUACUUAUGUCAGAAGCGCAGAAAAUUGUACGUAGCAUUUAUAGAUUUCAAAAAAGCCUUUGAUAGUGUUGACAGAGUAAAACUGUAUACUGCACUUUUGCGUCAUGGAGUUCAGGGUAAUUUGUUAAACGCAGUAAAAGGUAUUUAUAAAUCUGUUAAGGCGGGUGUAAGAAAUGGUACAAAUCAUAGUGAAAUAUUUGAUUGCCCUAUUGGCUUAAGACAGGGUUGUAAUUUAAGUCCAAUCCUAUUUUCUCUGUUUAUAAAUGAAUUAUAUGACGUUAUUGCACAAAGUAAUAUACAUGGUAUACAGUUGACACCUGACAUUGUUGAAAUUUUCUUGCUUAUGUUUGCUGAUGAUGUAGCGUUAACCGCAGAUACUAUUAAUGGUUUAAAGAGAGAGCUUGAUAUACUAUGUAACUAUUGUAGAGAGUGGAAGCUAACACUCAAUGUCCAAAAAUCUAAAAUAGUGGUUUUUAAAAAAAUGGUGGACAACUUUCGAAACAUGAGAAGUGGUUUUAUAAGGGUAAUAAACUUGAAGUGGUAAAUGGUUUCAACUAUGUUGGACUUUCACAAGUAAAAUGUCAUUGUUUAAAAUGUCAGAGAGCAUGGCUGUGAAAGCUAAAAGGGUUUUAAUAUCACUAUUGUCCUCUUUAAAUCAUCUAAUGCCUAUGCCAAGACAUGUGUUUUUUAAAUUGUUUGAUGUAAAAAUUGUACCGAUUUUAUUAUACGGAUCGGAAAUAUGGGGACUUCACCGUAUGGAACAUACUGAAAGAGUUCAAACAUAUGCCUGUAAACGAUUUAUGUCAGCUCCUCUUCGAGCAUGUUAUGCUUCAGUUAUGGGCGACUGUGAAAGAUAUCCGAUGCAAAUUAUUGCUGCUAAACGUUGUAUCAAAUAUUGGCUUAGAAUUGUGACUUUGCCUCCAGACAGAUAUGUUAGAAAAAGUUAUAAUAUGCUUUUAUAUUAUGAUAAUAUUGGCUACAAAAACUGGGUAACAGACGUAAAAUUCGAUUUGUAUAAAACUGGAUUUGGCUAUAUAUGGGAGAAUCAGUGUGCUCCAAAUGAAAACUUGUUUUUAUAUCAGUAUGUGCAAAGACUAAAAGACUUAAAGACCAGUAUAUCCAAUUAUGGAACAAUGAAUGCAGUAAUAGUUCAAAACUCAUGUCUUAUAGAUAUUUUAAGACCUCUUUUAAUUAUGAAAAUUAUCUUGAUGUGUUAGGUAUUAAAAAAUUUAGAUAUCAUUUUGUUGCAUUUAGAACAUCAUAACAAAAUAUUGCAAUGUUGCAAUGUUUAUUUUUCAUGCAAUGACCUUGAGAAAAUCAUUUCUUGGGGUAUAGUUUUUCUAUUUAUGCUCUGUAUAUGGAAAAAGUACGAUCUGCACUUUUUAAUGUAGUGUCAAACAUUCCUUGCAUUGAAAGUUUAUAUGUGUGUAUUUCAAAGCUAGAUGAAUUAUAAUCUAAGAUCUGAAUGUAUAUACAAUAUAUAUAUAUUAACUUUCAGAGAGAGAAAAUAUAGCUUCUCUUGUCCCAAUCAGUUAUAAAGACUAAAAAGUCACUACUGAUUUAUGAGACAUGAAAACAGAGAUUUGAGUAUAUAUAUGCAAAUGAUGAACCAGUACGAAUGUGUAGUACAAUUCGGGCUCGUAUAUAAAGCAGUAUCGAAUCUAAUCUUAUUGGGUUAGUGGACUUGCUGUGGCAUGUGCGUGUUCGU